UAGGAACAUGGCUGCCACCUCAGAAACUGAUGUUGUGGUGAUUGGAGCAGGAAUAUCAGGUGUGGUUACAGCCAAAUGCCUCCUGGAUGUGGGGUUAAAGGUCAAAGUUCUGGAACGUACGGGAGAGGUCGGCGGGCUGUGGACGUUCCGAGACAAGGUCGGCUACGGGGUCAUGAGAUGUACUCACAUAAAUGUCUCGAAGCACAACUACUGCUUCUCUGACUUCCCGUUCCCAGACGAUGUCCCAGACUAUCCUCACCACUCCCACAUGGCCAAGUACAUCACCGACUACGUCAUGCACUUCGGCAUCAACAACGUCAUCAGCUUCCAGACACAGGUCAACAAGAUCGAAAGAAAAGAUGACAAAUGGGUAGUCACGGCAACCAGAGUAGAGGAUGAUGGGAAGGGAGGAUGGUCCACGGGGGAGGAGGAGGUGUACGUCGCCAAGUGUCGUAAGGUGUACCUGAGUACGCGGUCCGGCGCCUGGGUUCUCCCCAACUACGUGUUCGGCCGGCCCACGGACCACUACGCCUGCCGCACCUUCCUCUGGUUACCAUGGAAACUGGCCACAAACGUCCUGGAAACCGUGGUGACGCUCAUCCAUGGCAGCCCUUACAGAUGGGGCCUGAACCCGAAGAUGCGAGCUCUGCAGACCCAGCCCACUGUUAGCCCCACCCUGAUCCACAACAUACAGCGCAACAAUGUCACCAUCAAACCCAACAUCACAAGGUUUGAGGGAAGCACAGUCCAUUUUACAGAUGGUUCGUCGGCAGUAGUGGACCAUGUGGUGAUGUGUACAGGCUUCAGGGUGUCUCUACCCUUCCUGCCGGAUGAUGUCAAGGAAAAAGUGCUGGAGGAGGGAAGCAACAGCAUCAAGCUGUACAAGAACGUGUUUUGCCCGGACGUGGGGUCCAGCCUGGCAUUCAUCGGUUUUGUCCAGCCGGCGUCCGGCGGGAUCCUCAGCAUGUCGGAGACCCAGGCCAGGUGGUUCGCCGAGCUGUGUCUGAACCACGUCAAGCUGCCAAACAGGGCUGCCAUGGAGGCAGACAUCAGAGAUGACGAGGAGAGGACGGCCAAAAGGUACUUUGCGUCUGCCCGUCACACCAUCCAGAAGGACCCACUACUGUAUAAUGACAGCAUCGCAGCACAGUUCGGGGCCAAACCGCAGAUCUGGAGGCACCCGAGGCUGGCCUGGAGGCUGCUGCUGGGUAGCUGCGGGGCUGCCCAGUGGAGACUGCAGGGGCCAGGGAGGUGGGAUCGCGCCGCGGAGGUCGUCCGUUCCGUCCCCGUGACUGAGUUCAUCCUGUACUCUGCCAUCCUGGUCCUGGUGUUGCUGCUGCUGCUUCUUACCUACCUGGGCUAUGUGGUCUCAAGACUGGCCUGAUUGUAAACACAGACAGCACGUCGGCAGAAUGUACUGCACCUGCGCAAAACCCUGUAACCCUGUACAUCGCACUUUGGCAGAACGUCUCAUUUGAGAGGUCGUAUUUGCGUAUAGAAUGUUAACAUCCUAUCUGUAGUUUUCAAAUGUUGUGUCGGUAAAGAUAUCCUCUACAAAUUCUGAUGCAACGUUGACCAAAAAUCUGACGAAAACCGUGAAUGGUUUCAUGCAGGCACAGUACGUUUUGAUGACGUGCUAAUACAGACCAGUUUCUGCUUUAAGCACCACCUCUGAUUAUAUGGCUAGGUUCCAACUUCCAAGCAAAAGUGUUAAGUGCUAAAAAACAUAAUUUUAAAGGAUACAGCUAGAUAAGAUACAAUGCUACACCAUUUGGGUAUGUGGUCUCAAGACUGACCUGAAAGUUAACUGGCCCAAAACAGUUUGGAAAUUUGACUUUGGUUGAUGGUAUCUCUGUAAAUUGCCGUGUACUUCUUUUUACAAUGAUACAAAAGUUGAAAUGAUUAUGCACUUUCGUUUGAAGUACAACUAAAGGAACGAAUAGAUGAAUGUAUGAAUGAUCGCACUAAGGUGCUUUGCCCCCUACAAGCUUUUAUGAUACAUGUAGUAGAAUUGAUAAGCAGGCAAAUCCAGAUUCUUAAUAUACAUGUAUAUUUUUAAUUGCUUUUAAAUGUGUAAUGAAAAUGGUGUUGAGCACCAUGUAUAAAAGCAAAUGUAUUCAUCAACAAAAAUGUCAACAAAUGUUUUAGAAUACAUUGUACUUUCAUUAUGAAUUAUUUAAAACUGGUGUGCCUUCAUACUCAUAUGUGACAUAAGACUAACUUACAAAAAUUGUAUUACUUACGUACAUGUGAGUAAAUAGUAUACAUUAUAUACAUCAAUAAAAGCUAUGGAAAUA